AUGGCCGGCCCCUGCAAGGCCUCGACAGGCUUGAGGAGCUUGGGCGGGGCUAGCAGCUCCCUAUCUGCGCCUGGGCAGCUUUGCUGCAGGGCAUCACCGCUGGAGGUCGCGGUGGGGAGCAGCGUGCCCACGACAUGCCGUCAUGCUGCCAUGCUGUUAACCAGCGAGCGGGCCUGCCAGCCAGCCUGCGCGACCGUCGAUUAUCUGGUGCCCAUGCAAAGUCUGGUUCACUCGGCCCUGUGCGGCUCCACCCCGGCCAAAUGUCGCCGUGCUGUCGGCUUGGGAACACCUCAACCUCCAACGCGCGUGACGACACCGUGUCCAGCCUCGAAACAGGACACUGCUCUCAGUGCUCUGUAUGCGGGCGCCCGCGGUUCGGUCUCACUGGCUCCAGCUGCCGUUAUCUCUCCAGCGCAUCGGCGCCCUGACCGGCCUGCGACCUGCUCGACACAUGAUAAUCCGUCGACUGCACUCUCACCGUGUCAUGACUCGCUCCUCGCUGCUGUUAGCAUCCUGCGCCGGCUACUCUCCGCCACUCUCACCGACCUCUUCCCACGUGCCACCUUCGAGAAGCAAACAACACCCAUCUAUGCGGUGUGCGCUUUUGCCGUAGAUGCAGAGAACCGCUACGGCUGCAACCCGGCACUAGCCUGCACUCGCUGGCAAAUGGCCUUCGCCGUUGAGGCUGCUUCCGCCCUACCCGCUGCCGUUGAGGAGAUGCAUCCAAGCGAAAUCCUCACGGGUACGAUCGAUUGA